UUUGAAGCUGUUUAGCACGACGUCAUUCCCUCUUCUCGCACUCAGGAAAAUGGAAAGUAGAAAGUUGCACUUACUCACUCACUUACUCACCCUCUAUUCGGGCUGUGAUGUCAUUUUCCAACAGUGGACAACGACGACCCAAGGGAUUGGGCAGAGGGAGGCUUCCUUCGGCUAUCUAAACACUAGCAGCCGCGACCCCUCAAACUUCUUAGUCAAGGACUUAGGUGGUUUAAAUAGAAGAUCGUCUGUCAGAAAAGGGUCAAUACUGAUCAAGCUUUCGUUUCACCCAUUUCAUCGUUUCUUCGUUCUCCUCAAAAGAAUUGUCAAAAAUGGCCGACAACUGCAGUAUCACGGCCAAGGCCGGAGGCUCUUCCAAGGGAUACGAACAGGCUGUUUCAAGCAACAUUAAGGGAUCCCUCCAAGAGGUGGAGUCCGACCUGCCCGAAGACAUCCGAGACCACGCCCUCCACGUAUUCCAAGCGGCUGUGAUGGAUCAUUCUAAUGUGGGCGAUGCCAUCAAACGCGUUCAAACUGAGGCUCUCUCCAAGAUUGACGAAAGGUUCAAGGGCGAACGGUACAAGGGGUUCAUCAAAUUUGACUACGACACGAGUGUGGUUGAAAUCAAGGUCAACAAAUUUGGUAAUGGAAACAGUCAAUUUUCGUCCGGCAUUGGGGUGAAGAAGAUGGUCUGCCCCGAUCCGUUUAUGGGUCGAUUGUCUGAUCCCAACAUGAACAAACGAUAAAUGCAGGCUCACGUCAUGCAAAUUCCUACCCUUGGAAAUGCCAUCAAUUCCUUCCCUGAACAAACAAACACUGCUCAUAUAGAGAUUAAAUGGUCCCUAAUUAACUUCGCACCACCCAUUAGAUUCUGUGACCCCUCUGACGAUGCUUAUCUAACCCUGUUGAUUGAUCAUUGAUUUUGCUGAAACCAUGUGUAUUGAAAGUUGCCCUUCCAUUUAUUCACGAUGGAUGUUGACAUAGAAGAUAUUUGGCCGCCAUUCAAUCGUAUUCAUUCCCUUGAAUUUGCCCUGAUCAUAAACGAAAUAAACCCGUACCAUUCACCAACAA